AUGGUUGUGAAUGCAUCAGACUGGUUGGUCCCAACUGUGGGCCCGGAGCUGGACCCCUGCAGUAACUACACUGAAGCCUGGCUGUGGCUGUCCUCCCUGCAGCCGGCCUACCUGGGUUUGAUCAGCAUUGUGGGGCUGGUGGGGAACGGCCUGGUUCUCUGCGUGUUCUGCCUGCAGAGGAAGCCCUGCACUGUGGCAGAUGUCUACCUGGGCAACCUGGCAGUUGCUGAUUUGGUCAUGAUGUCCUGCCUACCCUUCUGGGCUGUUACCAUCGCCCGAGACUACCAGUGGGACUUUGGAGAGGUCCUCUGUAAGCUAGUCAAUGUGGCCAUCUGUAUGAACUACAUCUGCAGCAUUCUGUUCCUCAUGCUGGUCAGCAUGGAUCGCUAUCUGGCUCUGGUGAGGCCCAUGAGCACCAGCCGUCUGAGGAGAGCCACCUGGGCCAAGCGUAUCUGCCUGGGGAUCUGGAGCCUGGGCUUCUUCUUCACUCUACCCAUCCUGCUCUUCCGCACAGUGAUGCACAUAGAGGAUCCUGGUGUGGACGCCUGCAUUCUGGCCUACCCCCACCCAGCGUGGAGCUUGCACCACAAUAUUACCAGUAAUGUGUUGGGCUUCCUGAUCCCUGUCCUGGUGAUGGCUUACUGCACUCGUCACAUUGUGACCGUGCUGAGGGACAGGGGAGCAGGAGGACUCCCUGGGGUGAGGGCGGAGAGGAAGGCCACCUACUUGGUCCUGGCCGUUCUUGCUGUCUUCCUCUUUUGCUGGACACCGCACCAGGUGAUGCGGUUUCUUGACACUCUGGAUUACUUCCAGGUCACACCUGGAUGCCUCUGGGGUCAUGUCCUGGACAUUGGCAUACAGCUGUCUACAUAUCUGGCAUACAGCCACAGUGCUGUUAACCCCUUCCUGUUUGUCAUUGUGGGGAAGCAUUUCAGGAGAAGGGCCAAAGAGGUGUUUGGAAAUAUCUUAAGUUAUCAGAGAAAAAAGUCCUCCACGUCAGUGACAAAUGUGACUACGGUGUCAAAGUUUGACUUGUGUCACUGA